GCCAAAAUUCCAAAGGCUAUUCAGAAAUGUUUUGUUGCUAUUUUAUUGCUAUUGUCCUUAAAUAACUAAACUUAAUGCCAAAUCGCGAAAUUAUCAUGUUGUGUCAUAACUCUCAACAGUAAAAUUAUUAACUUUAGUUAAAAUGAUUUCAUUUUUAUCUAUGUGAAUUGUUUCUGCUCGUCAUAACGCAUUUGAACCGGUAGUGAGUGCGGAGCCUGGGUUGACGAACAUCGCGAGCUAAUUUCUGCCAUAGGACAAUCUCACUCUUCCAGCUCAAAAAAGCUGCGCGCAUACCAUGUCUAAUAAAACGUACCCGUUAUGGAAACCAGGAGCUCCGCAAUUGCGAAUAUUUCUACCUGACUUUCUUAUGAAGCUGAUCAAGCCAGAAAUACCGAUGCCAAAAAAUAUAGUGCAGUUUGAGGUUGAUUUAAAGAUGUCGGAGACAGAUGUGAAAAAUUACCUACAAAAAAUUUACAAAGUGCCUGUAAAAGAUGUGCGGCUUCGAAUUUUGAGAGGAGAGCGCUUCAGGCAUCCCGUUAGUGGAAGCGAUUCCGAGCACUUCAAACCGGACAAAAAAUAUGCCUAUGUAACUUUGGAUCGUGCUGUACGGUUUGACUGGCCGAACUUGACACCUGAGCAGGUGGAAAAGGAUCAGGAUAAGGAGUUACAAAAUUAUGAUGAUGCCAUACAGAAAGUGCGAGUCCAGCGGCAAAAACACUGGGAUCGAUCGGGAGCGCCCACCUGGUUUUCCGUUUAGCGCUGUACUCACGCUGUAAUCAGUGCUAAUCAUAGUAUCAUACUAAUCACUUACCCAGUUGCCUUCGCAGUUCCAAAUUUGAGUGUUUCAGUUGUACAUUUAUGCUUGCGAUUUUUCUGUUAUGUACCGAAAAGCAUUGGAUUGUUUGAUUACUCGUAACCUGUGAACAAUAAUGUGCUGUGUUCUCCGUUGUUUUGCGUGACAUCCACUGACAUCUAUGCUUAAGUUGGGUACGAGUAUGAAUUCUGAUUCUCAAUAAAACCACCGCAAACAAAA